AUGGACAGGGGUCGAAUAGAAGACCUCCUGCAACAGUACGUAACACACAUGGAGAAUUUACAAGGCGAACUACGUAUCAAACGAGAACAGGAAGACAAAAUGGAAGAAAAACAGCAUGAUGCUGAUAUCACUAGCAGACCAGUACCAACAGAGACACCAACAAUUGCCGUGCGGCUUCCGCCGUUGUGGGCCGACAGACCAGCAGGUUGGUUCGCUCAAGCCGAAGCACAGUUCACUUUGGCCGGUAUCAGUAGCGAGCAGACCAAGUUCUGCUACGUGAUCUCGCAGUUGGACCAACAUGGCAAAACUUGCUACAACCUUGCAAAAGAUAAAGACUCUUCUGUAAUCGAAGUUCAACUUAUGGGAACAGAUAUAAAGGCCACAGAAGAGGAACUCAAUAGCACCCAGCUACAAGAAGAGCAGCUAAACGUUGAAGGAGAAGACUUAUACAACGUCGCGAAUGAAAAGGACUUUUUAAUACCCGAAUCUCAAAACAUGGGAACGGAUAGACAGGCCACAGAAGAGGAAGUAGACGACGAUGAGCUACAGGAAGAGCAGUUCGACAUUAUAACAGAAGACUGCUACAACAUCGUAAAAGAGCUCGAGUCCCUAAUGCUCGAAUCUGAUUCAAUGGAAACCAGUAGCGAGACCACAGAAGAGGAAAAUGACGACGCUAGGCUACUGGAAGGGCAGUUAACCGUUGAAGGAGAAGACUUCUACAACAUCGCGAGUGAGAAGGACUUUUUAAUAGUCGAAACUCAAAACAUGGGAACGGAUAGACAGGCCACAGAAGAGGAAGUCGACGACGAUGAGCUACAGGAAGAGCAGUUCGACAUUAUAAGAGAAGACUGCUACAACAUCGUAAAAGAGCUCGAGUCCCUAAUGCUCGAAUCUGAUUCAAUGGAAACCAGUAGCGAGGCCACAGAAGAGGAAAAUGACGACGCUAGGCUACUGGAAGGGCAGUUAACCGUUGAAGGAGAAGACUUCUACAACAUCGCGAGUGAGAAGGACUUUUUAAUAGUCGAAACUCAAAACAUGGGAACGGAUAGACAGGCCACAGAAGAGGAAGUCGACGACGAUGAGCUACAGGAAGAGCAGUUCGACAUUAUAAGAGAAGACUGCUACAACAUCGUAAAAGAGCUCGAGUCCCUAAUGCUCGAAUCUGAUUCAAUGGAAACCAGUAGCGAGGCCACAGAAGAGGAAAAUGACGACGCUAGGCUACUGGAAGGGCAGUUAACCGUUGAAGGAGAAGACUUCUACAACAUCGCGAGUGAGAAGGACUUUUUAAUAGUCGAAACUCAAAACAUGGGAACGGAUAGACAGGCCACAGAAGAGGAAGUCGACGACGAUGAGCUACAGGAAGAGCAGUUCGACAUUAUAAGAGAAGACUGCUACAACAUCGUAAAAGAGCUCGAGUCCCUAAUGCUCGAAUCUGAUUCAAUGGAAACCAGUAGCGAGGCCACAGAAGAGGAAAAUGACGACGCUAGGCUACUGGAAGGGCAGUUAACCGUUGAAGGAGAAGACUUCUACAACAUCGCGAGUGAGAAGGACUUUUUAAUAGUCGAAACUCAAAACAUGGGAACGGAUAGACAGGCCACAGAAGAGGAAGUCGACGACGAUGAGCUACAGGAAGAGCAGUUCGACAUUAUAAGAGAAGACUGCUACAACAUCGUAAAAGAGCUCGAGUCCCUAAUGCUCGAAUCUGAUUCAAUGGAAACCAGUAGCGAGGCCACAGAAGAGGAAAAUGACGACGCUAGGCUACUGGAAGGGCAGUUAACCGUUGAAGGAGAAGACUUCUACAACAUCGCGAGUGAGAAGGACUUUUUAAUAGUCGAAACUCAAAACAUGGGAACGGAUAGACAGGCCACAGAAGAGGAAGUCGACGACGAUGAGCUACAGGAAGAGCAGUUCGACAUUAUAAGAGAAGACUGCUACAACAUCGUAAAAGAGCUCGAGUCCCUAAUGCUCGAAUCUGAUUCAAUGGAAACCAGUAGCGAGGCCACAGAAGAGGAAAAUGACGACGCUAGGCUACUGGAAGGGCAGUUAACCGUUGAAGGAGAAGACUUCUACAACAUCGCGAGUGAGAAGGACUUUUUAAUAGUCGAAACUCAAAACAUGGGAACGGAUAGACAGGCCACAGAAGAGGAAGUCGACGACGAUGAGCUACAGGAAGAGCAGUUCGACAUUAUAAGAGAAGACUGCUACAACAUCGUAAAAGAGCUCGAGUCCCUAAUGCUCGAAUCUGAUUCAAUGGAAACCAGUAGCGAGGCCACAGAAGAGGAAAAUGACGACGCUAGGCUACUGGAAGGGCAGUUAACCGUUGAAGGAGAAGACUUCUACAACAUCGCGAGUGAGAAGGACUUUUUAAUAGUCGAAACUCAAAACAUGGGAACGGAUAGACAGGCCACAGAAGAGGAAGUCGACGACGAUGAGCUACAGGAAGAGCAGUUCGACAUUAUAAGAGAAGACUGCUACAACAUCGUAAAAGAGCUCGAGUCCCUAAUGCUCGAAUCUGAUUCAAUGGAAACCAGUAGCGAGGCCACAGAAGAGGAAAAUGACGACGCUAGGCUACUGGAAGGGCAGUUAACCGUUGAAGGAGAAGACUUCUACAACAUCGCGAGUGAGAANGGUUAG